AUGGCAGAACUACCUUUACCCCCAAUCUUAGACUCGGCCAUCCACCUCAUCGAGCAGACGCCGAUGGUCCGUCUCAACACUCUUCCACAGUCAGAGGGCAUCAGAGCCGAGGUCCUGGCCAAGCUGGAGUUCCACAACGCCGGGGGCUCAGUGAAGGACCAGGUCGCCAAGGCGAUGGUCGAGAAGGCCGAACAGGAGGGAAGACUCAAACCAGGCGACAUCCUGAUCGAGGCAACCAGCGGAAACACCGGCAUCGCUCUCGCCCUCACGGCCGCGGUUAAGGGGUACAAAUGCGUCAUCACGAUAGCAGAGAAGAUGUCCGAGGAGAAGGUCCUCGUCCUCAGAUCUCUCGGCGCGCAGAUCGUGCGGACCCCCGCGGGCGUGCCCAUCACCUCGCCCGACUCCAUCAUCAGCGUCGCCCGGCGCCUCAACGCCUCAACGCCGGACUCGCACAUCCUCGACCAGUACACCAACCCAAACAAACCGCUAGCCCACGAACUCGGCACCGCGCCGGAGAUCUGGACGCAGUGCGACGGAAAGGUUGACAUCGUGGUCGCGGGCGCGGGGACGGGCGGCACCGUCACCGGUCUCGCGCGCGGGCUGCGGCGGCAGAAUCCUGGCGUGGUCGUCGUCGGCGCGGACCCCGUCGGAUCCGUGCUCGCACAGCCUGACGAGUUGAACGCGGAGAAAGGGGAGUAUAAAGUCGAGGGCAUCGGGUACGACUUCGUCCCUGGGGUGCUGGACCAGUCUGCCGCCGAAGUCUGGGUCAAGACGGGGGAUAAGGAGGUGUUUGGUUCAUGA